AUGGCCAUGCACGGCUUUUCCAUUAACGUCGACGCAGGGAAAAAGAAGCCAACGAAGGAGGAGUCGAGAAGCAGGACGUCAGCACCAGAAGUGUCAACAGGCAGCGUUCUACUGGCGAACGAGGAAAAACGUAGGAAAUGUAUUUUUUGUAAUAAUAAUCACGAUAAUGCGGCUUGCGAAAAAGCCAAAACGUUUUCGUGUGAGGUUGGUCAUACAGCGCGAAAAUGUAGAGUACGAAUAAAUUGUUCAAAAUGCGGUAAGCAUCAUUCAGUUCUCGUUUGUCAAGGGGAUUCUUAUAGCGCGGAUGUAUCGAAAUCAAGUAAAAGGGGGGAGACGGUAAAUAUAACUAAAGAACAGAACCUUGCUAGUUUUUCUCACUCGCCCGAUGUAUAUAUGCAAACAAUGCGCGUUAUUUUGUAUUCCGACUUUAAAGAAAAAGAAGCUCGAGUGAUCAUUGACAGUGGCUCGCAUAGAUCGUACAUUCGCACAGACGUGGCUGAGUUUUUAGGUUAUAAUCCCAUCUCGAGUAAAGAAGUGACGCAUUCUCUGUUUGGCGGGUUUAACACGGAUAGUCAGAAACAUAACGUUUUUUUGAUUCGAAUGAAAAGUCACGAUAAUCAGUACGCAUCCCGGGAACACGGAAAUUUUGACAAUUCUAUCGAUGUAUUAAUAGGUGCAGAUGUUGCCGGUAAACUCAUGACAGGGAACAAAUUUGAAUUAAGCAAUGGUCUUGUUGCGUUUGAGACUAAAUUAGGAUGGGCUCUCAUGGGGAAAAAUCCUGCGACUGAACGAACAGAUGCAGCCAUUGUUGCCAUGGCAAUGUUUGUAAAAGAUGCAAAGAUUUCCGAUCUGUGGAGUCUCGAUGUUUUGGGUAUUAAGGAUCCAACUGAAAAAGCAAAUCAAUCAAUAAAAGAACAAAGUGUUGAAGAUAACGUUUUGAAAUCAGUUGUUUACAGUGAUAAAAGAUACUCGGUUGAUUUACCGUGGGUGGAUGACCACGCUCCUAUUUCUCAGAAUUUUGAGUUGUUUGAAAAGAGAUUAAAGAAUACGGUAGAAAAGUUAAAGCGAGAUGAAGGUAUUAUUGAACCAGUAAUGGAAAAGUCGAGCCCCGCAUGUCACUACUUGCCUCAUCGUCCAGUUGUCAAGGAGGAAAGCACGACAAAUAUACGGCCAGUAUUUGAUGCUUCGGCAUACUUGUCGGGUUUUCCUUCCUUGAAUCAAUGUUUGGAAAAAGGACCAAACUUAAUAGAGUUGAUACCCGCUUCGUUGCUGAAAUUUCGGGAACACGAAAUUGCUGUUUUGGCUGACAUUCGUAAGGCAUUCUUGCAGAUUGGGGUGAAUGAUAAGGAUCGCGAUUAUUUAAGGUUUCUUUGGGUGAUUGACGAAAAGCUACAAAUUUUUCGACAUAAACGUGUAGUGUUCGGUCUAAAGUAUAGUCCUUUUUUAUUGGGUGCUGUUUUAAAAUUACAUUUUUCAAAUUUAUUACAAGCAGCGAAAGACAGUAAAGGAUUAUGGUCUCGCGAAAUCAUCGAAAAAUUAUCGAAAUCCUUUUACGUCGAUAAUUGCACAACCAGUGUGGAGUCGGAGGAGGAAUUGCAAAGUUUUAUAACGUCAGCGAAAAAAAUGAUGGCGCUCGGAAGUUUUGAUCUUAGAGAAUGGGAACAUACACGUGAUGCUUCGGGUAAGGAAUCGACGUUAGUACUCGGUCUUUUGUUUAAUAAAAUGCGUGAUACGAUUGCAGUCAAUCCGGCUUUAAUAAAAGAUGAUAGUAAUACGGUAGUCACCAAACGCUCUAUUUUGUCAGCCGCGCACAAAGUCUUUGAUCCAAUCGGUUUCACUUCGCCCGACCAUCCUGUAGAUAAAGAUACACAGAAAGCCUUUUUAAUUUGGAAAGAACAAUUGCCGUAUUUAGGAAAAAUUGAGAUAAAGCGAAAGUUUGUCUCAGGUGAAUUUUCUAUUCACACUUUUUGUGAUGCCAGCAAAUCGGCUUAUGCGGCAGUAACUUUUUUACGCGUAAAAAAUGAAGAGACCGUGAAUUUAGUCUUUCUUGGUGCGAAAACACGAGUUGCUCCGGAUGGCAUGUCAAUUCCGCGUUUAGAACUAUUGGCUGGGUCUAUAGGAGCUCGUCAAACCAAAGAGAUCGUGGACGCUCUCGAUUAUUCUCACGUCCCCGUAUAUUUAUGGACAGAUUCGACAACCGUUUUGGCGUGGGUGAAGAGGGAUAUUCAGUGGGCCGUGUUUGUAUUUGAAUAG